AUGGAUAACGUUCAUGUGAGACUUUUUCUUCGUGACAUACACAAAUAUAGUAGUAAAUCAGAAGGUUUUUUCAUGUUUGGAAGGACUUCACUUAGGUUUCUAAAAGUCAGGGUGCACGGAGUUAUAGUCGAAAAAGAUUUGGCCCAACAAAGAAUAGUCAUAGACGACUCAACUGGAACAAUAAACAUAAAUCUAAAACCUGUUUUGCUUAAACGAUUUGAUAUCGCCAGGCUAACAGUCGGCACGCUUGUUGCUGUAAUCGGAGAGCUGAGGGACGAAGACAAACGUUGGGUUGACUGUGAAGGAUAUGAUACCUAUUAUGAACCACAUAGUGAGCUUAUGUUCGCGUUAGAAACGAUGAAAUUCUAUAAAAAUCAUUACUUCAAGGAAUACUACCAAGGAGAAGUCGUAAAACUGCCAACGCGCUCAAUGACCAUUCCGGAUUUCAGUCAAGGUCAAGAGUGGGUUCCAUAUUAUGCAACCAAUAUCGUAAGACCCGAAGUAAUGCUGCAAAGGAACGAUCUGUGUAAUCAGCAAAUAUUAAUGCAAGAUGAUGUCGAAAACCAGAAGGAUUACCGUGGAAAAUACAACAAGAAAGAAGAGAUUUUGAAGGCUCAUGAUAUCAACGACAAUAAUAAGCUGGUGUCUAUGGAAUUUGACAAUGAACAUAAAAAUGUUAAAGUUAUUCGUAAUCGCAUUCUAAAGGAAAAACUUAUUAACAAUGAUGAAAAGGGAACAUCAAUGCGCGACGUCAACAAG